AUGUUCGGAUCCCCAAGUUAUCCCGGGACAGAUCUGACGGUAGACAGUCCUCUUUUCGGACAAGGGGUGGCUAUGGAAACUACGACAAACGCUCCUCAACCUCAACUAGAGGAAGAGUGGGUAAAACAGAUGAAAAAUGACAACGGAGUAGUCUAUCAGUUCCGAGCUCUUUGCUUCGGCCCAACAAGUGCUCCCAUGGUAUUUGUAAAAGUAACAUCAGUUGUGGUAGCACAUUUACGAAAGCACAAUAUUCGUCUAGCAAGUUACUUGGACGAUUGGCUGGCAGCAAACAAAGAAAGAAAGUAUCUUUUGGAAGAUCGAUCGUCAAUUCUCAGUCUCCUUUAUCAGCUAGGAUUCAUUGUAAACAAAACAAAGUCACAAUUAAUCCCAGUUCAGAAUCUAACUUACAUAGGAAGCCGAUUCGAUCUACACAAAGGCUUACUUUAUCCGACAGAAGAAAGAUUGAAAAACUUAAAAUUAGCUGUUCUAAAUAUGUUACAAGGACAAAACUCGGCGAGGCAUUAUCUGAUUCUUCUAGGUAUGAUAGCGUCUUGUCUAGAACUAGUCCCAAAUGCACGAUUGUUCAUGAGACCAAUCCAGCUUCAUCUCCUGCAAAACUGGAGUCCUUCAAGGAUGGAAUUGUCUGUAAAAAUUCCAGUUACACAGAAGUUGACCUCACAUCUGAAUUGGUGGUUGUCGGAUCACAACAUGUACAUGGGCAGAUCUUUGCAGAAAGAUCAGUUUCCAAUUAUACUGACCACCGAUGCCAGCAGCAAAUGGGGCUGGGGAGGUCACAUGAACAAUUUGACAUGUCAAGGUCAAUGGAGCAAUUAUCAGAAACUAAUGCACAUAAAUUGUUUGGAAAUGAUGGCAGUUCAGUUCAGUUUACAGCAUUUCCUCUCCCACCUGAAGGGCUGCAAUGUUCUGAUCAGAUCAGACAAUGUGGCAGUGUGCCAAUACAUAAACCAUCAAGGGGUGACAAAGUCUGUUCAACUGUGCAAAUUAACAAUGAAACUUUGGACAUUAGCUUUGGAAAACAAGAUAUCAUUAAAAGCAGUGCAUGUUAUGGGGAAAAAGAACAUUCUGGCAGAUAUAUUAAGCAGACAGAAAAUCAGGGAAACAGAGUGGGCCUUGAACAGUACAGUAGUCUAG